AUGGCAAAUCAAGCAGAUGAUAAGGAUUUACAAUUAAAUGAGGAGGAGGAGGAUUUACAAUCUACUGGAGUUACCUCAGUUUUGACCAUUGGAGGGAUGUCUAAAGUACCUAAGAUUAGAAAUGUUAUUGAAGAAAUUUUCAAGAAGGAAAUAUCUGAUUCUCAACUUGAAGAUGGAGAAAUUUCAACUGGAGCCAUUUAUUUAGGUGUUCUUUUUGGUGAUAUAAAUUAUUUGGAUGAUAGACGAACAUCUAAAAAUCGAAUUUUUACAAUGGCUUCACAAAAAAUGUUUAUUGGAGACAGAAAAGCUGUUGGAUUACAAAAUCUCGCUAAGCAUGUUUUUAUUUUUAUUAUUUUUCCAAAGGAAAAUUUUUUCUUAUAG